AUGGCAUCGUCUUCCCGCAACCCCGUCGUCGACCCUGCUGCCCAGCUGGCUGAGGAGAGGACUGGCUCCGAGCGAGCUGGCUGGGAGGGCUCGGAUGUGACUCCGGCGGACAUCCAGUGGCUCCGCCGCUCCCGACGGAUCCUGGAGGAUGUUGAGUGCCGGAUUCCUGUCGAUGAACUCGUGCCAACUCCGGAGGCUGAUUUCUUCGGCCUCCAGCCGCACCACCUUCCGGCGAAUGACAUUCUUACUCUCUCGGCAUUCAUCACUUGUUCCGAAACCGAGCCGGGCGAGCCGGCCGCUGAGGCAUCAGACGCAAUCGCCGCUGCGGCGUCGGUCCGAGAGAGGCGCGCGGUCUCGAAGCAUGCCGCCGACAAAGAUCUUCCGCAGAACGUGAAGCAGAAGAAGACUGCGGCUCGUGGACCCAAGCCCAAGCCCCUGAUCGUCGGGGAGGCUCUGACGGUCACGCAAUCUCAGACGUGCAUUGCAUCCGAGAUCCCGGCGGCUCCCUCUUCCCAUGCCGAGGCUUCAAACCCGGCCACGGGUGAGACUGAGACCGCUGCGGAUCCGACAUCCCCCGCCCAUGAUGUCGGCCGGAGCACCGACGCCACGAUCGUCGGCCAGACCGACACUCCUGCGGCUGGGGCUUGGGCAACCGAGGCUGCUCCUUCCUCGGCAGCAGUCGAGACGUCAACGGAGCCGCAGGCUUCGCUGCCGCCGCAACAGGCGGCAACAGCUCCCCAGGAACCCCAAGCACCACAGCCGACCCCGACACGUCCCCCUUCUCCAUCGCAGCCAGAAAUCGAUCAAGCUGCUGCCGCGCAGGCCAAGGCUAAAGGCCCCGCUGCCGCAGCAGGAUCGGCGGCUCCGGGUUCGAUUGGCCCGCAGCCUUCUCGCAGGCAUCAAGGGGUUCCCCUCCGGACGACUAGCGGGCACAGCUGGGAGUCGCUGGGCCAGUUCAGAACGGACUGGAACAGCGCCGACAGUUACGAAGUGACCUCCAGCACCCUCAAGGCGGCUCGGCAAGGCCCGAUGGCGGGACCUCCACCCGCGGCGACUCCAGAAUCGGUGGCCACCCGGAUGUACCAAGCGAGGGUGGCCUUGUUUGAGGCCAGCCGAUCUGCCGAGUCCUGCAUGAACAAACGCACCGCUACCUUCAAGACUUUGCUUGCAAAGUACAAGAAGCUGGAGGCGGAGCACGAGGCUCUGAAGGCUGACCGCAAGAACCAAACCGGGGACACCGCUCAAGUCGCGGAGCUGCUGAAGCGCGUCGCCGAGGUUCAAGUUAACACUUCAUCCCUAUUCCAGGCACAGAUAGCGGCGCAGGCCAAGGCGCACCAAACCGAGGUGGGUCAACUCACCUCGGCCCUCUCUUCCCAGGCUGAUGAGAAGAUCCGCGUAGAAAGUGAGGUGAAAAAGUGCGAGGGUCUAGUUGCCCAACUCGAGACCCGUGCCACUGCCGCCGAGCUAGAGGAUGCCGAGAAGACCCAGCUGUUCAAGGUCGUCCGGCACGAGCUCAUAAAAAUUGGCAACAUGCUGACAAGUCGCCUUGGCAUAAACUUUCUAAUGUGA